AUGAAAGCCAUUAAAGAUGCCUUUGCAGAAUGCAAGGCCCAAAACCGUGCUGCUAUGAUCACUUACGUGACGGCUGGCUUUCCCACCAUAAGCGAGACACCGGACAUCAUGUUGGCUAUGCAAGCUGGGGGUGCAGAUAUCAUCCAACUUGGAAUUCCCUUCACAGGCCCCACGGCCGAAAGCCAUGCCAUCAAGCUGGCCAAUCUCAGGGCCCUCGAGAACGGCGUUCAAAUUUCAUACAUCCUGCAUAUGGUCCAGUCAGCCCGUAAGCGAGGCCUAGCUAUUCCCGUGCUGUUCAUUGGGUACUACAACCCUGUCCGCUCCUAUCCCUAUGGAGAGGAGAAGCUGCUUCGAGAAUGCAAGGCUGCUGGUGUAGACGGGCUUACCAUCGUUGAUCUUCUCCCCAAGACCACGGUGGGGUUCCGUGACUUGUGCAAAUCGAAAGGACUAUCGUACAUUCCUCUCAUUGCCUCUUCCACCUCGGAUGCUCACAUGAAGUUGCUUUGCAACAUCGCUGACUCUUUUGUUUGCAUCGCAUCUCGGAUGGGAGUUAGCGGGACCCAUGAGGAGCCUUAUGAAACCCAUGAGGAGCCUUAUGAAACCCAUGAGGAGCCUUAUGGAUGCGUGGGAGACCUGCUCCAUCGUGUGCAUGCUUGCACUGGAAACCCAGUCCCAGUCGCUGUCGGAUUUGGUAUCGAAACCCCACAACAUUUCGUUGAUAUUGGCCGUCUUGCCGAAGGAGUCGUCAUCGGCAGCCAAAUCAUCCAGAUACUGGGAACCGCAGUUCCUGGAAAUGGAGCUCGGAAGGUCAGGGAGUAUUGUCUUGAAAUUGCUGAUCGCACUUGGGAUCAAAAUGUCGUAACCGCAAGAGGACAGCAAGCUACCCAACCCUUGUCUUCCACUACCAUCUACCUUUCCAACGAUGGAGCAAAUGAUGCACCCGAAGACACCGACAAAGCCACCAAUCCCACAGACACAACCCAACUGAGAGCCUUCCGCGACCAAUACGUCCCAACAUCCCUAACAGAAGGCCUGACCGAACUAGAAAACGGAUUCGAGGCGGCAAACGCAGACCCAACCUUCUGGGCCGAGAUAAAUUCCUACGCAACAUACGCCAACAGACCCUCCACCCUCCACCUAGCCCCACGCCUAACCGCACACGCAGGCGGAGCACGCAUCUGGCUGAAACGCGAAGACCUCAACCACACCGGCAGUCACAAGAUCAACAACGCGCUGGGCCAAAUCGUCCUCGCGCGCCGACUCGGCAAAACCUCCAUAAUCGCCGAAACAGGCGCUGGCCAACACGGCGUCGCAACAGCAACUCUCUGCGCGCAAUUCGGCAUGAACUGCACUAUUUUCAUGGGCUCCCAGGACUUCGAAUGCAAAGAUCUAGCUUUGACUAUCUUGCGUAUGCGCAUCCUCGGCGCAGAGGUUGUCCCCGUUGAUGCGCCGCGCAGCGGCGAAAAGGGUACACUCCGCGAUGCAGUCAAUGAGGCCUUCAGUGUCUGGGCGAGGGGUUUGAAGACGACGCAUUUCAUUAUCGGCUCCGCGUUUGGCCCGCAUCCGUAUCCGACUAUCGUGCGCACGUUCCAGACUGUCAUUGGAACCGAGACUCGGGUUCAGUUCGGUGCGGCGGAUGGUGAUGCGUCUAUGGCGGGGCAGAACUCUGCUUCGCUGGAUGGAGGCCCUGUUCGUGAGUCGCGGGGGUUGCAGAUUUCCUUGUCUUCGGAUGAGGAUUGGGAGGUUGAUAAGAUACAUUUUGUCUCUUCUGGGCUUUAUUAUCCUGGUGUUGGGCCUGAGUUGUUGAGUUGGAAGGAGUCUGGUCGGGUUAGGUUUGUUGCGGCAAAUGAUUCGGAGGCCCUGACGGCUUUUUCGUUGCUCUGCCAGCUUGAGGGGAUUAUGCCUGCACUUGAGAGUUCGUAUGCUAUUGCUGGUGGUAUGCGUGUUGCGAAGGAGUUGGGACCUGAGCGGGAUGUUGUUGUUUGUCUGAGUGGACAGGGGGAUAAGGAUGUGCAGGCUCUUGCUCAGAUUAUGUCUACCAUGUCUACCCUUGCACUCGACGAUGAGAUCUAA